AUGGAGUUGGUCCACUCACUUGAGUCUUUCCAAUCGGGCUCUGCCUCUGCGGAUGCUGCAAUGCGCCGUUCAAUUGCCAAAUUCCCUCCAGAAGUUUCUGAUCCUGAAAAGGCUAGCCAAAUUCUAUCUGAAGAUUCGAACAAACUUCCAGAGUUGCUUGAGCGUAUCACAAGCUGUAGUGACCAAUUGGAGGCUUACAAUCGUCGUCUAGAGGAUGAAGUCAGCAACAUCAACCAAUUAUUAUUGGGUCUUCGCGCUUACUCCCUCUGCCGGCAUGCCUCUCAUGCUGAGCGCGAGCGUACAAAGGAUAAAAUUGUCAAUAUUCACAGCAAAUUGUCUAAACUUACUGAUCUGCGCAAAGAAUUGACAAGUCAUGUAUCCAACCUUCCAGAUCUGGCCCUUCUGCCUAGUAUGACUCAGAAUCUUGAUCCUCUGCCCCCUGUUGGCGACCUUUUCGGUUGA